GUCGAGCCGGUGCAGUAUGAUAAUCAGGCAACAAUCUGCUCCACCUGCUCGCACCAUGUCCAAUUCCAAAACCACGUCGUCGUCUAUGUUCCAGAAGCCCAGAUGCCAGAACUACCGGUGGCGAUAGAGAAAAAAACGAAACCCUGUCGAGUUGCAGUUGUGGCACCAGUCCUAAUUUUCAUCGUCUGCUGCGCAAUUUUCCUCAUUGCAGCCUUGGUGCAUUGUGCAUCA